GCCCCCGCGCACCUCGCGUGCCCUCACCGCCUCCUGGCAGGGAGGGGCGCGCCGCCCUGGACUCCUUAGGCCUCGGCUCGGGAGCGCGCACGCCGUGCGUCCCAGGCUCGCUCGGGAUUCUCGCCUGGUGCCGCAGGGAAAGGCCAACAAUUCGGUCCGCCAUGUUCUUCUCCGCGGCGCUCCGGGCCAAGGCGGCAGGCCUCACCGCCCCGUGGAAAAAGCUACCCUUAUUUGUUGGCUCCUUUCUUCAAUCUUCAAAGCCAGCAAAGGGAAGACAUAUAAGGAAUUUACAUAAGACAGCUGUGCAAAAUGGAGCUGGAGGAGCCUUAUUUGUUCACAGAGAUACUCCUGAGAAUAACCCAGAUAUUCCAUUUGAUUUCACACCAGAAAACUAUAAGAGGAUAGAAGCAAUUGUAGGAAACUAUCCAGAAGGACAUAAAGCAGCAGCUGUACUUCCCGUCCUGGAUUUAGCCCAAAGACAGAAUGGAUGGCUGCCCAUCUCUGCUAUGAACAAGGUUGCGGAAGUUUUACAAGUACCUCCAAUGAGAGUAUACGAAGUAGCAACUUUUUAUACAAUGUAUAAUCGAAAGCCAGUUGGAAAGUAUCACAUUCAGGUCUGCACUACUACACCUUGCAUGCUUCGCAACUCUGACAGCAUACUGGAGGCCAUUCAGAAAAAGCUUGGAAUAAAAGUUGGGGAGACAACGCCUGAUAAACUUUUCACUCUUAUAGAGGUGGAAUGUCUAGGGGCCUGUGUAAAUGCACCAAUGGUUCAAAUAAAUGACAACUACUAUGAGGAUCUGACACCUAAGGAUAUUGAAGAAAUUAUUGAUGAACUCAAAGCUGGCAAAGUUCCAAAACCUGGGCCAAGGAGUGGACGCUUCUCGUGUGAGCCAGCUGGAGGGCUUACCUCUUUGACAGAACCACCCAAAGGACCUGGCUUUGGUGUGCAAGCAGGACUUUAAUUUAUAUUCAACUGUAAAUAUGUUCCAGGAGGAAUAAAAUACGAAUCUCCUGUCUACAUAAAUUUUUUAUGUUAUUUGUUCAUUUCAUGGUGUAUACAUAGCAACUUGCUGCUGAUAAGUGUCAUGUUAAUACUUAGUACCAUUUUAAAGUCUUUUGCUGUCUAUGGCGAACUAUGAAGACAGUAUUUCAUAAUCUAGUUAACAGUCAUUCCAGUAUUUCCAUUUUUAAAUGCCAGGUUACUUUUAUCAGUAACAUUAGGUUAUUGUGAAUUUCACAUAUAUUUUGCUUUCCCGACUUUAGCUAUAGCCAAGUCUUAAAUUAACAUGGUUGUUCUGUAGACCUUCUUUAUAUUAGAACUCCCUUUAAACAUUUUUAUAUAUACAGCAUAUGGGUUUUACUGUAUUUCCAACUGGGAAGUGACACCUCAAGCAGACUAUAGAUGUAUGGAGGCUACAGUAGUUGUCUCUAGAAGUACUGUUUAUCAUUUUUAUAAAAGGAAGGUACAAAAUACUUUGAUAUUAUUGUAUACUGCACGUACAGUCUGAGUUGGAAAGAGCAGUCAGUAAGCAAAAUAUACUCUUCAGUUGAAUGCAUAUUUCAACUUAGAACAAAGGAUAAAACGGUCUGUGUAUUAUAUCCAGUGCAAGAAACUAGCUAUUGUGCAUUAGUUUUGCAAGUUGAAAAAAAAUUUUAAUAGCUUGUUUCAGAAUUUCUCAGAGUUAUUGUUUGGCUUUCCUCCUCUGACAGACUAAUCAGUCACUAAUAGUAAUUAUGAUGCUUAAAAACAUUAAUUUCAAGAAGAUCUUUAAAAUUUUGUUUUUGUUUUUAAUCUGAGAGGGUAAACAAUAACAGUAAUUUUACAAGUGGCAUAGAUAGAUAACACAAUGAAAAUACCAGUGUUGUACCCUAGGGCCCUCUUGACUUUCUACUGACUUGUUUUUACAAAAGUAAAACUUUGUUUUACUUUCACAGUGUAUAAAAUGUCUUAUACAUUGACAUAAUUUUUUUUUACUUGAAAAAUUAGGAUUGGGGAAGCUUCAGAUCCUGGAUGAAAAAAUAAAGACAUAUAUUACAGAUA